UCUAGUAAUCACCACUCCGAGUAGGUCUCUAGGUGGCCAGGCCGUGCUGGAGACGCAUCUAUACUGGUAGCUUUGGAUACUUUAAUCAUCUCUCAUCCCCUCACUGGUUCCCUGUGGCUGGACCCUGCCUUAGAAGCCAACCUUGGACACCUGCUUCCCCUUCCCAGCCUGGAUUCCGGGAUCCCUUUCCUCUGAGCUGACACACCUGGAUCUUGCCUUCAAAGCCAGCCCCAGGGACUGUGUGUCUGGCGUCUGCCCCUGAGGCCCUCGUUCCGGGCCAUGGCCCAGAGCGUGGGUCUGGUGCCUGGGCAGCUAGAGGCUGUGGCCAUUCUGCUCUGUCUUGGAUUAUUCCAGUUGGGGACGGGAGCUGAUGGGGCCGAAGCUGUUUGUGGUGUGGUCGCCCAAUCACGCAUCACAGGUGGCAGCAAUGCAAAUCCUGGUCAAUGGCCUUGGCAGGUCAGCAUCACCUAUAAGGGCAUCCACGUGUGUGGCGGUUCUCUCGUGUCUGAGCAGUGGGUGCUGUCAGCUGCUCACUGCUUCCCCAGAAACCAUUAUAAGGAAUAUUAUGAAGUAAAGCUGGGGGCCCACCAGCUGGACAUCUACUCUGAGGACAACAAUGUCAUAGGUGUGAAAGAGAUCAUCACCCAUGACAGCUACCGCGAGGAGGGCUCCCAGGGGGACAUUGCACUUCUCCACCUCAGAAGCCCUAUCACCUUCUCCCGCCACAUCCGGCCUAUCUGCCUCCCCGAAGCCAACGCCUCCUUCCCUAAUGGCCUCCACUGUACUGUCACUGGAUGGGGCCACACCGCUCCCUCAGUGGGCCUCCUGCCCCCCAGGCCACUUCAGCAACUUGAGGUGCCACUGAUCAGCCGUGAAACCUGUAACUGCCUGUACAACAUCAAUGCCAAGCCUGAGGAGCCUCACUUUAUCCAGCAGGACAUGGUGUGUGCUGGCUACGUGGAGGGUGGCAAGGAUGCCUGCCAGGGUGACUCUGGGGGUCCACUCUCCUGCCCUGUGGAGGGCCUCUGGUAUCUGGCAGGUAUUGUGAGCUGGGGUGAUGCCUGCGGUGCCCCCAACAGACCUGGUGUGUACACUCUGACCUCCAGCUAUGCCUCCUGGAUCAAAUACAAAGCAGGAGAACUCCAGCUUCAUGUGGUGCCUCAAGUCCAGGAGUCCCAGCCUGAUGGCAACCUCUGCAAAAACUCUUUGGCCUUCAGUUCUGCCCCAGCCCUCGCCAUACAGGGACCCAUCCUUCUGCUGCCCCUGAGCUUGGCCCUGGGCCUCUUCUGCUCAUGGUACAAGCACUGAGCUACACACCCUGGAAGCUGCCCUUACUUUCAGGACUGAUAUGUCACACUCAAGGACAUGUGCCUGUUCCCAAGAAGGAAACUGGCCUCUCCCUGAUGCCCUUUGGGCCUGAGGCCUGGUGAACCACUCCUUUUCAGGAUUCUAUGGGAGGCCAGUCCUCUAGGUUUGGGAUUACAAUCCACAGUCAACAAGUUUUACUGCCUGUGGUACUGGCCUGAACCUAUGGCUACCUCCACUUGCUGUCAGGGCUCCUACAGAGUUCCUAAGGACCUUUGGCUAUAAAAAUGAGCCCUGGCUCCCACCUGUUUUCAGAAGACUGGGCACCCAUCCUGCAUCGUAAGGCCCCAAUCUUGCCCCAUUGGCUGCCAAGCCCUCCUUGAGCCCUGACUCCUGGAAUCCGGAGGACUGAGCCCCCACCGGUACUGGGCUGGGGCUUAGAUCCGGGGUGAGGGAUAAAAGGAGCAAGGAGUAAAAUGUUUUAAGCACAA